AACUUAUGACAUACUGUACCGAACUUGCCACCAAUCUAUCACCUGUGUCUGUGAACCUAGUGAGAUUGUUCAGCGCUGAGAAGCAACUCGGGACGAAGACUUGUUCUACAACCUUUUCAAGUUGUGAAUACUGGUUUUCUUCGGAGACUGCGGUGCCCUGCUUGACUCGUAGACCCUUCCUCUCUCGUCAUGUCCUCUGGGCCGCUUGUCGGGCCGUCGUCUCUGAGGGACGUGGUUGCCCCGCAGUUCCAUCAAAAUAAUUUCUCUUCAGAACCAUACAUUAAGACGGAGUUGGGCGUCAAAUUGGAUAAAGAUGAUCAAAUCUGCAGACUCUCGCUCACACCAGCCGGAUGCCCUCUGGGUCCCUUACACUGUCCCCUCCGACACACACUACCGUCCGUUUUGAACUUCCAGCCGGCCAAGCAGGCAACGACCCACUCGCGCGAGCCCCGUCUUACUACAGUUUGCAAGCAUUGGCUUCGGGGACUGUGCAAGAAGGGCGAUGCGUGCGAGUUCCUGCACGAAUACAACCUCAGACGCAUGCCGGAAUGUUGGUGGUUCGCAAAGUACGGAUACUGUUCUGCAGGUGACGAAUGCUUGUAUGCCCACCCGAAGGAGCGGCGGGUAGAGUGCCCAGAUUAUAACCGCGGCUUCUGUAAGCUGGGCCCCAACUGCCCUCGCAAACAUGUGCGUCGCGUGGCUUGUCAGAUGUACCUCACUGGGUUCUGUCCGUUGGGCCCAGAAUGUCCUCGUGGCCAUCCGAAACCAGGGCUUCCACCACCGGAAGCAUAUCAAGCACCGAGUGCACCAACCCUCGAAGGGCCGCCUCCUCCCGGCUUCGGCGGCAAGUUCGGUGAACACGACCGUCAAGCAGGCGGCUCGUUCAUGGGUGCAAAUGGGCCCUUGAGGAGGAAUCUAGAUGAAGUGUUGUGCUUCAAGUGCGGCGAGAAGGGCCACUAUGCCAACCAUUGUAGAAACAGAAAUGUCCCGGGUAAUCGGGGAGGAGUCGAAAGGUUCAAAAAGUUUGAUGAAUGAAGUUGAUAAGCCAUGUAAUGUCGUGUCAGUAGACAAUGUUAUGUGGCUGUGCUUCUUCUACUUUGUCUAAUACUUCAGCUACCACUGUGCCCUGUAUAUCAAAUCGGCAAGCCAUAAAGGCAUUAUACCCACUAUGGACUCCUCAGUCGCAUCGGGCUCCGACGAUAGUCGGUCCGAAUUAUCGCGGCUGCGGCGCAAACUGACCAUCGCCCAAGACGCCAUCGAGACAUCGCACAGCAAGCUCUUCGAAGUCGAGACGCAGGCGACGCGUCUGGCGCGGUCAUUUGGCUUCGAUACGACGUAUGCCGCGCAGGCGUAUAUCGACCUGGCGGACGAGCCGACGCCGUACAGGGAGCUGGUUUCCACGGUCGACGCGUUGCAGACGCAGCUGGGUCAACUGCGGCGGGAGAACGAGGAGCUGCGGAGCCAGAUUAGAGGCUUAUCGGAGAAAGAGGGAUUUGGUGCUGGGAUGAGGGCCAGUGCUGAUCCUGAAGGCGGUCCGUCGACUUCAAGCCAGUUGCGCGCGCUCCAGACGCGUUUCUCAGAACUGCUUGCGGUGAAGCUCAAGAGCGAGGAGAAAUACAAAACGGACUACCGCAAAUUCGAGCGUCUUAAAGCAUUUUCGUGCAGCGAGGAGAUCCAGGAGCUCGAGGCGCAGCUGAAAGCCCAGCGGGGCGACUUAUCUGAUCUCGAGAUUCGCGAGCGGAGGGCGUAUAUUGUGCGGCUGACGACGCAGAAGAUGAAGGAGCUGGAUACUCAAGCAAGGGCGCAAGACAAAGAGAACGUAGCUGCCAAAGCCUCGGAAAGACGGAGUACUAGACGUUCUGGUACUCCAUCGUCGCAGACGAAUAGCACCAAGAGCGGGAAUCGCAACGUCGCGGCAGCAGCCUUCGCGCUUCAGCCUAUAAAACCAAAUAUGGGCAAAGUUCUGAUUCCGAGUUCUUCAGAGUUGGAAGUGGGGAUUCUGGAGCGGACCGACACGCGGAUGCCUGCCCUCCAGAUCACUGCGAAGGAUGCCGUGAACGAUUCUUCCGAGACCGAGCCCGACACACCUGUUGGAUCUCAGCAGUUACCAGUGGCAGAAAUAAACUGCGUGGAUUCCAAGAUUAUCGCGAAUCCAGUUCCGGCCUCUAAACCCAAAUCGCGAACAGUCAGUGCCGCCGAUGCUCCACAAACUCAUCCCCAACGCAAUAAUGCAGUUGAUGAUGAGGACCCGGAGGAGGCACCGCCGAGGAAAGUGAGGCGCGUGUCAGCACGUGAAGCUGGUGCCUCCCCCUCAACAGCGUUGUACGUUGAAAGCGGCAAUACACCGCCACGAUCCAAACCGAUUUCCACUCCCAUUCCUGACAAGGGGAAGGGCAAAGGCGCUGAUCUGCCCGCGUCGAGCUCGAAGACUGCAACAAUCAACAGCAAAUAUGCUAUUGACCCAGCCAAGAACGACGGCAAGGAUUAUCAGUACGAUGAAGUAGUCCGUGGCCGAGCCGAGCGGCGCAAACUGCACGGGGGUGAUUGUGAAUGUUGCCGCGACUAUUACGAAGCCGUUGGACCGCUGCCGAAUCGUCUGCAGCCUCCAUUAUGGCGCUCACCUCCCAAGACACCGAGUCUCCCCUUGUCUCGCGCCGAAGCCGUUGCGUCACACAAGCAGUCUGUGUCACGGCAUCGACAGAAGUGGACGCCGGCCAAAACGCCGCCUGACUAUUGGAUUAUCGGCUUUCCCGAUACACAAGAGGUGCAGCAGAUUAACGAGAAGGCGAAAGAGAUGCAUGCAGAGAAGCUCCAGCGUAUUGGACAUGAGGCCGCUCGAGGAGUGGGGCGAUACAAGAAGCGAUGAGUAGUCAGUCACCCGGCCAAUACACUCGCUACUUGUGUCUCCAUCUCUGACCCGCCCGACAUCUCGCACGGGCAUUCCUUGAGCGUGAUUUGGAGUUGAAACGAAUGUAGUUUCAUCUAUUCCAUUCAAUAACACGCCAAUCAUCGAAUCGACGGCGAGAAGAAGCACGGGGGCAGUCAUUCGGCUCCGAGCAUCAAGCAGUUUCGAGGGGAGAAGCGCACACUUGAUGCUCUCCCUCUGAUUUAGUCCCGCUUGUGUGUGAGUUGGCAUAUACGCAGAUGCGUAUGCACGGCCGCGGUAUAGUAUAAAUGCAGAGCAGUCCUUGUGAAGCACUCCAGAUUUCUUCCCAGCUACCUAGAUCUACUUCCCUCAAAUGCGUUUCGCUGUCCUCACCGCUGUUGUUGCACUUUUUGCCACCGCCGUCGCGGGCACGAGCAUCCAGAACAGAGGCGAGCGCUGCUACCCGUCCUACUGUAACUGCAACGAGAGCAGCUGCGGAAACAGCCCCGCCUGCUGCGCCAACGGAAGCUGCCCCUGCUAGAGCCUUUUCGUAGGAUCGAGUCACUUGUAGCGAUCGAAUAAGCUCAUAUUACACAACCUGGUUUCAGAAAGAGUAGAAAAAGAACGCUUCACCGCGAUGUUUGAAGUCACGUGGCCGUGUUCAGGAUAAGAUCAGAUUGUUGGAAAACCUGAUGAGAUACAAAUACACUCGGUGGUGCAGCUCUGUCCAAAGCCACGGACAUUCUAUGACAAGGUCACAAUAGUCGAUGCGUCCGAGGCCAAAGCACGUAGGUAGAUAUACAAAAAGCGAUCAAAGCAGCUGCUUGUCUAUCGUGGCCUUGAACUCGAGCGCAUCCUGCUCUUUAGGGAACCGGAACAUGUAGGACUUGGCUUCCGACUUUUCGUCGCGCCCGAUCACGGUCAACGAGCUUUUGGCGAGAGACAUGUUGAUGCCCGCGUAAACAUGGAAGUUCUGCGGAC